CUUCACGACUACGACGACGACGAGCUCAUCAUCGUCCUCAACGGUCGCAACGUUCUCCACACCUAGUAUUUACAUUUUGCUCGUUGUUGUCAACGUUGAGCUCUCUUUUUUGGUCUUCUUAUCUGAUUCCAUUCCACGCGCGUCGUGGGAGAUUAGCCGGACGCGAUGGAGCCAGCAGCACCUGUCAAUGCCAGCCCACGCUCACGUUCCCCAACUCCAGCUCCACCUGUUCAGCCAGACCAUUUCUUCGGUUCAGAAGGCGCACAGUUACCACCUUCUCCCAAUUCAGAUGGAAGGACAUGGCUCGAGCCUGAAGAUGACCCCCUAGCCCAUAGAGGCAUACCGGUGUUCAAACCCACUAUGCAAGAAUUUCAAGAUUUUGAGGGGUACAUGAAUAAGAUAGAACGUUGGGGACUGAGAAGCGGUAUCGUAAAGAUAAGAACCCCAAUCGAGCAACAUAUGCUCGGUCGCGGUGGUUUGUUCCGUCAGGAGAACGUCGAGAAGCGUAAAGUCAUGAGCGUCAGAGAGUGGGCAGAGCUCUGCGAGAAGGAAGAGUUCUGUGCACCCGGUGUUGAAGACGUUGGCAUUCAUGGCAGAAAUGCGGCUCCAAAGACGAGGUCGAAACGCAGCAAGAUGCGUACUGCAAUCACCAAGGUCGAGUCUGUUGAGCCGGACGACUCACCACCUCAGAUCAAGGGAGAAGAUGACGAUGAAGUUCAAGAAAGAUCUGAUGGUGUUUCUGCCCCACUGUCCCCGCCGACGAGUGUUGGACUUCCUCAAACUCCAGUUUCCACAACUGCUGACGACUCAGUUCACGACCCUGAUCCUUCGUGCAGCGACCGAGUACCAGGAGACGUGGAGAUGACCGCGAACGAUGAUAAUGAGUCAUGUGACAAGAAGCCAGUCGCGAGGAAACGUGGAGCUCAAAGUCGGGAGGUAAGGGAAGCAGAGCGCGCAGCCAAGGAUACAGCGUUCCUCAGAACUUUCGAGCCGCACAAAGACUGGCUCCCUCCAUGCACCAAGGCUGAUGAUUACACCAUCGACUUUUGUCAAAAACUCGAACGGCAGUUUUGGCGGAACUGUGGCCUUGGGAAACCAGCUUGGUAUGGAGCGGACACUCAAGGCUCGCUUUUUACGGACGAGACUACAGCUUGGAACGUUGGCCAUCUCCCGUCAUUCCUGACACGGUUACUCCCUUCAUCAUCCAAAGGCCUACCAGGCGUGAACACACCUUAUCUAUACUUUGGGAUGUGGCGUGCUACUUUUGCAUGGCAUGUUGAAGAUAUGGACCUCUUCAGUAUCAAUUACAUACAUUUCGGAGCCCCAAAAUUCUGGUAUGCCAUGCCACAGGGACGGGCAGGAGCGUUGGAAUCGACCAUGAAAGGCUACUUCCCGAAGGAUAUCUCGCAAUGUCCUCAGUUCCUGCGGCACAAGUCCUUCCUUGCAUCACCUACCCUCCUCGCACAGUCUUCAUGUCGUCCCAACUUUUUGGUUCAACGUGCGCAAGAGUUUGUCAUAACCUACCCUCGUGGAUAUCAUGCCGGCUUCAACUUGGGUUUCAACUGUGCGGAAAGUGUCAAUUUUGCUCUGGAAAGCUGGGUAGAGCUUGGACGCAAGGCCAAGGCAUGUCAGUGCAUUUCCGAUAGUGUACGGAUUGAUGUAGAUCAGCUUUUGCACGAUAGGGAAGUCGAGCGCUUGAACCCUGAGCCCGAAAAACGACGGCCCUCAUCGAAGCGCAAAGCUCUUGAAGGCGAGGAGCCUCAACCAAAGCGCAAGCGCCCAAAGGCCAAAGAACUAUCGACGUCUACGCCAGUUGCAGGGCCAUCCAUGUCAAGGAUUACGCUUAAGCUUGGUCCCAGGCCUGUGGAGGAUACUUUCCCCUGCUGUUUGUGUAUUUCAACGAGCAGGGAUGGUUUGUUUCCCGUACAGGAUCCACCUAUAGGUCGGAGGGAGCUUCCUGAAAGCUUAUCGAGUCUUGCGAGCGAUGCAUGGAUGGCGCAUGAAGAGUGUGCCAAAGUCGUACCUGAGACUUGGGUGGACGAGGUUGAGACGGAGAUGUCCAUGGAGAAAAGGGUGUUUGGUGUGGAUGCGAUUGUGAGAGAUCGGUGGAAUCUGAAAUGCGCUGCUUGUUCGAAGGUCCGACAAAAGGCCCACGGUGCGCCUAUUCAAUGCACGAAGGGUAAAUGCGCGAAAUCCUUCCAUGUUGGCUGCGCGAGAGAUGGAGGGACCAGCGGCAUUGUUUACUCGAUACUGCGCGAGGUUGAGAAAGAGGUGAUCCUAGUAUACCCCCAACCACACCCACUGCCUCCACCGCAGCCUACUGCCCCUUCUGACGGAGUCCCCUCAUUUUUGGAUGCAGUUCUUUCUCAGUCCCAGACGCAAGAUCAGGUGAUGCUGCCCCCUCCCGCUGAGGCAGAGCCACAGGUGCUGAAGAUAAUCAAGAAGUACGACGUAGAGGUUCUCUGUCUGCAGCAUAAUCCUGCUGUCGCCGCCGCAAAGAAGGCUUCCAAACAGGACCGGAUCAAAAGCGAGCUCACUGCCCUCCCACCAAUGUCGCGCAUCAAAAUUCGUGUGAGCUCUGGUGUCUUCGAGGUCUCUUUGGUGCGCAUUGUCGAGGAGACCGGGUCUGUCGAGGUACUCUGGGAUCGCGGCGUCAAGCGGGAAUUCAAGUGGGGUAGCGUCAUCUUCGGUCAGACCGAAGGACAAACCGUAGUACAGAAGCCCUCGGAACCUGCACCUGAGCGUGAGUGGACAUUUUUCCCACACCCCUCUUGUUGUUCAUUUCGUUACGAGUACAGUUCCUCAUCUUUCGAUGCAGGUCACGACUUAUCCGUCCUUAUUGGCGGCGGCGUUGUCGUCGUCCGCGACUACAACGUCUGCGACCCCAUC